AGCAUGCACAGAGAUGAGGGAAUCCGCAUUAAUUUUUUAUCAACUCUACCAUGUUCUCCGAGCAACAAAUAUCCUCUUAUUUCUAGACACCUCUUCUUAAAAAUCUCAUAUUUUCUGUACAAACACAUCAUCUUAGCUUUCAAAAGGUGCUCUUUUGCCUCCCCAAAGUCUUCAAGAUAUCUCCUAGUGAAGGCAGACUGUGUGAGAUAUGAGGAUUGGCUGCGAUGUGUGCAAGACGGCUGCGGCGGCGGUGAUCUGCUGCGCCGACGAGGCGGCGCUCUGCGCCAAAUGCGAUGUGGAAGUCCACGCAGCCAACAAACUUGCCGGAAAACACCGUCGACUUCCUCUCAGCUGCGACACCUCCAAGCUUCCACGAUGCGAUAUUUGCCAGGACAAAGCAGCUUUCAUUUUCUGUGUGGAGGACAGAGCUCUUUUCUGCCAGGAUUGCGAUGAGGCCAUCCACAUUGCUGGAACCCUCUCAGGCAAUCACCAGCGCCUCUUGGCUACUGGCAUUCGCGUCGGCUUGAUCUCGGCACAAAAUAUGGACUCCAACAAGCAUCACUCUGAGCCUCCAAAUGGCCAUUCCAUGACUCAAACUUGUAAAAAAAUCCCUGCGAAGAAACAAACACCUUCAGCAAGCUCCAUUCCUUCCGCUUGGGCCGUUGAUGAUUUCCUUCAGUUAUCUGACUAUGAAUCUGGUUACAAGGAUUCUUCAGUUGGAUUUGGAGAGCUAUCAUGGUUUACAGACAUUAGCUUCUCCCAUGAAGGAGCAUCAGAGGGAUCACUUUCUCAAGCUGAAGUCCCUGAAAUGCUGUUCAAGCAACCAAGCAGUGAGAGUUUCUAUAGACUUCCCAAGCCAAACAUGCCAUACAAGAAUCCUCGAAUUGGGAUGCUGGAAGAUGAGGAUUUCUUUACAGUUCCAGACCUCGGGUAAAGCAUCAGCAUGUAGAAAAAACCCUGCUUUUUUUUCAUAUCUUAUAAAUAGACUAAGCUUCAUUUAGGACGGUUUUUUUAUUGCUUCUUAUUUUUUAUUAAAAAGUUAUUUUAAGAAGAAAAAAAAAAGAAACGGUCCCAAAAGAAGCCUAAGCAGCCAUGUAUGUGCUCAAAUGUAGGUAGAUAGAUGAAAGGGUUUGGAUGCAACUUGCAAUUAAACUUUGUUUGUCCUGUUUUAUUAGUAUUGCGUUUUUCAAUAUGAAUGGAUAAUGAUUAUGACUUAGUA